ACCACGUGUGCAAACGUGGAAAUUGCCCAUGCAUUGUUUUUAUGAGGCAAGCCACCUGCUUGGGUUCACAUUACUUUUCCUUAAAAGUAAAUUGUUCAAGGUAUUUCCAGUGCCAUUCAUUAAGGUAAUCACAGAAACACACCUGAGCCCAGGCAACUUUGGUUUGCAUAUUUUUAAUAUCUGCAGUGCAGAAAUGAUGGAGUUUGUUAAAAGUUGAACAGUUGAAAUUUUCUUCUGAGAGUAUGUAGGGUUUAGCUUGUAAUUGAACUUCAGGGAUGUUUUUUUUUCCUGUAACUAGAAUUGUCCUGUUGAAUGCAGCUUGAGUGGAAGAAAGUCACUCAGAUAGAAAGACUUCAAAAUAACUACAUGGUGUUCUUCAUGAAUAUUAGCAAUAACAGACCAGUGUUCUCCCAUUCCCCAAGCUCUGUCACUUCCUUCCUGUGCAUUGUUUUCUGUUCUGGCCUGAAAUGUAGUGCAGUACUGAGAGAAUAGUUCUUGGUCCUGAGGCAGGUGCCAAACUUAAAUGUUCUCCUGGAUGUGGCCUCUUUUCAGAACAAAAAUGAAGUCUUACAUGUCUCAUUAGUACUUGCCUGACUGUGCAGGCUUAGGAGUCCAGCUGGGCUUAAACGGGUGACCCUUUUAAGCUUUUCUUCCCUUAGGAUGUUAGGAUAAAUAGUUGUUGUAGAGGUGUUUGAAAUUUGUCAUGUUCUACGGAGUCAUCUGACUUGGCCUUUUGUAACCAACAUUUCAGUAAAUUGUCAGCAUUGGACUUCCCCAUUGCAUUUCUUGUCAAGCCUGCACUCCUGCAUGGAGCUGUCUUGAAUGAAAACUGGAAGUUGUAGGGAAGUCCAAGCCAGUUUGUUUCUGCCACGAUGAGUUGUUGCUGAGACUACAGAUGUUGAUAACACUCUCUCCCACUUCUGUGUGUUAUUCAACAGCACAGUUGUGUGACCUGUAAUAGAUUUAUUUCUCUGACUCAUGGACGUUACUGAUGCUUCUCAUGAGGCCCACCUAGCUUACACUAAAGUGUUUCCAGGUCACGUGAAAGCUCUGAUAGACUCAGUUUUGCCAACAGCUUAUCUCAUGUUUUUUUAAACUUAUGUUUCAAGUAAAAUAAUCCCAAGGUUUUGGGAGAUAGGGGGAAAAAUUGUCACCAGUUGAUCAUUUUGGACAUUAAGUAUUUCAGGCACUUUUGACCAUAAGACAAGUUAGUGGCUUUUGGUAAAGCUGAGUCACUUCAUAUGACUUUAGUUAGGUAUUGACAAGACAAAUAUAAGUGUUGCGAUUAAUAUACUGAAUAGAAGAUAUUUAUAGUGUAUCUAAAUUUUUUGUUAGCUGGAGAGAAUUUCACUUGUUUGUACCAACGUGUCGCUUUGCCUCUGUCAGCAUGCGAGGUUCCAGUUUUGGUAGAUGUUCAAACUGAGUAUUAUGUGGAAAUAAUGUUUUCUCUUGCCUCUCUUAUAAUUUACUGCUAUGUUUUUAUAUUUUUCCAAAAAUACUGUUCCAAAAUAUUGUUCCAAUAUUUUCCUUUGGAAAUCCCAAUUUGUACCUUAUCCGCAUCUUUUCCUUAGUUUGAAGCAUUUUUUAAAUUGUAGAGUGAAAACAGCUAAAGAGGCAUGGUGACUAGUGCUAAAGUAUCCAUUUGCUGAUGGGCUUUUCCUGGCAGGGUCUACUUCCUAAAUAAACUUCUGGGAUGUUGAUUUAUGAAACUGAAUCUGUGUUUAUAAACUCGAGGGAGCACUUAAAAUCAAUGCACAAGGGUUCUUUGACCCCAGCCGGCAACUAAGUACUAGGCAGGCACUUGCUAAUUCCUUCUAUCCCCUGGCAGGAUGGGAAGGAGAAUCAAAAAAGGUAAAGCCUAUGGGUUGAGAUAAGAACAGUUUAAGAAUUGAAAUAAUAAUAAUAGUAAUUAUGGUGAAGAAGAGAAGGGGGACAACAGAAGGAGGAGACUAAAACCCAAGAAUGACAAGUGAUGCACAAUACAAUUGCUCACCACCCACUGACCAAUACCCAGCCAGACUGAGAAGCAGUCCGCCCCAUCCAGCCCACUCCCCCCAGUUUCUAUACUGGGCAUGACGUGCUGGGGUAUGGAAUAUCCCUUUGGCUAGUUUGGGUCAGCUGUCCUAUCUCUGCUUCCUCCCAGCUUCUUGUGCCUUUUGUCACUUGCAGAGCAUGAGAGACUGAGAAGUCUUUGAUCAGGGUAAGCAUUAUUUAGCAACAACUAAACCAUCAGUGUGUUAUCAGCACUGUUCUCAAACUAAACCCAAAACACAGCCGUGUGCAUCAGCUACAGGGAAGAAAACUCCAUCCCAGCAGAAUCCAGGACAACAGAAAAUCCUGCUCAAAGGAAAGAAUACAAGGGAUGAGCUUCUGUGGAAGCUUUCUGAUUUGGAAGAUGGUCUUCAAAACACUAUUCCCUUCUGUCUCCUGUUUCUGUGUAGGCAAGUGGGAGCUUGCAGAGAUGAAAGAGAACCAUUCUAAUGGUUCUGGUGAUAACUUCAAAAGUGGAUAUGUUUUACCUCUGACUCAAGCUGUGUUGAUUGGUUAGGUGUCAUGACACUGAAGAUGGAUAUCCAAGUUCAUUUUGUGACUUUUAGUGUUACGGACAGCUAUGUUUUAUAUGUGGGAAGUAUCUAUGCAUUUGUUCUCUGAAAGCUGAAAAUACGAAUAAGUAUCCCUUCAUUUUUUUGGUCAGCUGUUGUCUUUUUUGUGUGGUAGUCAAACAGGUUUCAUGCCGACUGAAACGUUGAUAAAAGCAGUUUCUGAGGACUUGUCUUUUCAUUAAACAUCCUAGAGGAGCAACAAAUUCCAUCGACUGUUCCUCCAGACUUUAACCACCCAUGAGUUCUUGUUUGGUGCCCUUGCUGAACUUGUAGAUAAUGCCAGAGAUGCAGAUGCCACAAGAAUAGACAUUUAUCCUGAGCAACGGGAUGACCUACGAGGUGGAUUCAUGCUCUGUUUUUUGGAUGAUGGAACAGGAAUGGAUUCAAUGGGUUUGAGUCUGUGGUAUCAGCAGUGCAUACAGCACAGCAGAGCUGCAGUGGCCCAGGCUAUGUUUUGGUUUAUGAGCAUGUUGAUGAUUGUGGUUGACACAACAGAUCAUCUUGUGGAUUUUUUUGAUGAAGCUGCCAGUGUUAUUCAGUUUGGGAAAUCAGCCAAGCGAUCACCUGAGUCAACUCAAAUUGGGCAGUAUGGGAACGGCUUGAAAUCGGGUUCCAUGCGGAUUGGGAAGGAUUUUAUCCUGUUCACAAAGAAAGACAACACCAUGACUUGCCUUCUCUUGUCACGAACAUUCCAUGAGGAAGAAGGCAUCGAUGAGGUCAUUGUUCCCCUGCCCACCUGGAAUGCACAAAGCCGGGAGCCUGUGACUGACAACAUGGAGAAGUUUGCUAUUGAGACAGAGCUAAUUUACAAGUAUUCCCCUUUCAAGUCAGAACAGGAAGUGAUGGAGCAGUUUAAUAAGAUAUGUGGUGAGAAAGGGACCCUGGUGAUAAUCUUUAACCUCAAACUAAUGGAUAAUGGAGAGCCAGAGCUGGAUGUGACUUCUGACCCCCGAGACAUUCAGAUGGCAGAAACAUCUCCAGAGGGAACAAAGCCCGAGCGCCGCUCCUUUCGUGCCUAUGCUGCUGUGCUUUAUAUUGAUCCCAGAAUGAGAAUCUUCAUAAAUGGACACAAAGUACAAACAAAACGACUUUCAUGCUGCCUGUAUAAGCCCAGGAUGUACAAAUAUACUUCAAACCGUUUCAAGACUCGUGCAGAGCAAGAGGUGAAGAAAGCAGAGCACAUGGCGAAGAUAGCGGAGGAGAAGGCUCGUGAGGCAGAAAGUAAAGCCCGUGCUCUUGAGCUGCGCCUAGGUGGGGACCUCACGCGGGAGUCCAGGAUGAUGCUACGCCAAGUCCAAAACUCAGCAAUAACCAUGCGCCGGGAGGCUGAUGUCAAGAAGAGGAUCAAGGAUGCGAAGCAGCGGGCACUGAAGGAACCCAAAGAGCUGAAUUUUGUCUUUGGUGUGAAUAUCGAGCAGCGCGAGUUGGAUGGCAUGUUCAUUUACAACUGCAGUCGCCUGAUAAAGAUGUAUGAGAAGGUGGGCCCGCAGCUGGAUGGUGGCAUGGCUUGUGGUGGAGUGGUGGGUGUGGUGGAUGUGCCCUAUUUGGUUCUGGAGCCAACCCAUAAUAAGCAAGACUUUGCUGAUGCCAAAGAGUAUCGACACUUGCUGAAGGCCAUGGGGGAUCAUUUGGCUCAGUACUGGAAGGAUGUUGCUAUAGCCCAGAGAGGUAUCAUCAAGUUCUGGGAUGAAUUUGGUUAUUUGUCUGCAAACUGGAACCAGCCUCCAUCUAGUGAACUGCGCUACAAACGCCGGAGAGCCAUGGAGAUCCCUACCACAAUUCAGUGUGAUGUGUGUCUGAAAUGGCGAACACUCCCCUUCCAGCUGAGUUCAGUGGAGAAGAAUUACCCUGAUAGCUGGGUCUGCUCCAUGAACCCUGAUCCUGAACAAGACAGAUGUGAAGCUGCAGAGCAGAAGCAGAAGGUGCCAUUGGGAACUCUGAAGAAAGACCUGAAAUCACCGGAAGAGAAGCAGAAACAACUGGCUGAGAAAAUCCGACAGGAGCAGGAAAAGCUGGAAGCUCUGCAGAAAACCACUCCAAUUCGAUCUCAAGCUGACUUAAAGAAACUGCCUCUGGAUGUGACCACACGGCCUGCAGGGGAGAACACCCAGUCACCAACCCGACCUCAGCGCCCGCGAUCUCCUCCUUUACCUGAUGUAAUCAAGAAUGCUCCCAGCAGACCACCAUCUGUACCUCUGGCCAAGUCCACCAUGCAGCUGAAAAAGAGCUCUUCAGCUUGGCCAAAUAUCAGCACUCCCAAACUGGCAAGCAUGCUCUCCAAGGAGGAGGCCAGCACUUCCAAGACACACCAGCAUGCUCUGACAGCUGGGAAGUCUAACAGCAAUUUAAAAACUCAUGCCAAACCAGGUACAACACCGAAGCCACCUUCUGCUGCCCUGCAGAAUCCCAGAAGCUCACGUGAGACACCCAGUCCCAAAGCUGCCAAGGUGCCAGCAGUAAAGAAGUCUGCCACUGUCAAAUGCCCACAGGCCUCCACCACUCGGAAGAGAAUCUUGAACGUCUCAGAGGAUGAGUCUGAGGAGGAGGAGGAGCACAAGAAAGAGAAGACAAAACGGGGCAAAUUUGUGGCUGUGAAAGAAGAGAAGGAUUCCAGUGAGGUGGUGGUAGAGCUUACAGACAGUGCUGGAGAAGAAGAGCUGGCAGAACUCAAGAAAUCUCAGAAAGAUAAAGGGCUGCAUGUGGAAGUGCGUGUGAACAAGGAGUGGUUCACAGGCCGUGUCACAGCUGUGGAGAUGGGCAAGCAUGCAGUACGCUGGAAGGUGAAGUUUGAUUAUGUUCCUACAGACACCACACCAAGGGAUCGCUGGGUAGAGAAGGGCAGUGAGGAUGUGAGGUUGAUGAAGCCUCCCUCUCCCGAGUACCAGGCUCCAGAUACACAGCAGGAAGAGGAGGUCAUUGUGGCAGAACCUUCUACCUCAGACUGUGUCAGAAUUGAGCCAGACACCACCGGUCCCACUAGUAGCCACGAAACAGUUGACUUGCUAGUCCAGAUCCUUCGAAAUUGUUUGCGGUACUUCUUACCUCCCAAUUUUCCUAUCUCCAAGAAGGAGCUGAGUUCCAUGAGCUCAGAAAGGUUGUUGGCGUUUCCCUUGAAAGAAUAUUUCAGGCAGUAUGAGGUUGGUCUGCAGAACCUGUGCAAUUCCUAUCAGACACGCGCUGAUGCCCGGGCCAAAGCCUGUGAAGAAAACCUCCGCAACUCAGAGAGAAAGCUGAAGGAAACAGAGGAGAAACUGCAGAAGCUGAGGACUAACAUCGUGGCCCUUCUGCAGAAAGUGCAGGAGGACAUUGAUAUUAAUACAGAUGAUGAACUGGAUGCAUAUAUUGAGGACUUGAUUACAAAAGGAGAUUGAGAAGCCCAGUACAAGUCCUAGAGAAGUGCAGAGGAGCUGGUUGCUGCGAUGGGAUUCCUGCAGUGGAGGACUGUAGUAGCUGAUGAGGAGAGAGGGUUUUUAGACAGUACCUGUGUUGGUGUACAACUUGUGACUUGACACAAAGAAGACAUUUGUGCUGUUGGCAGGCAGAUUUUUAACAUUGUAGUUCUCUGGAUCUCUUCCUUUUGCUUAUAAAUAUUUAUUUUUAAAAGAAAUAGGAACUGUACCUGAUACGAUGGGAGGGUUGCUGUGUGGUUUUUAGCGAGGUAAAAGCAUGAGUACCCUUUUGCAUCUGGGGUAUAUUCAUAUGCUAUGCCUGGAAGACCUGAGCAUGCUGCCUAGCAAGGCAGUUUAGAAUCUGGCAGCAUCUUAAAAAUAAGCCCUGGGUUAUGGAAAAGGAGGCCAGGACUUGGACUUCAGAGAUGCUGAACUUGGACUAGAGGAAGUCAAAUCAGUAAUUUGAGCUACAUGGAGGAGGUCAAAGUACAGUCCCUGUGUGAACUUGAGUGGAGGGAAUAAAAUCCCAGUGGUUCUGAAGGGGUAUGGGGUAGGGGAUUAGCACUUGCCAGUGCCAUGAAAUUCCCAAAUAUGAGUUCUCCAUAAGCAAGUGGCAUUGUCACCAUGCUAAUAGCCAGAGGAUGAGGAGCCUUUUAUAAGAGGAUGGUCUCCUAAGCUGCUCACAGUGGGUUGUGAUCAUCAAAAGGAGAAGGCUGGAGUUCACAUUCUUCUCUAGCAGUCAGCUUAUUGCACACUUACUGCUGCUGUUACUCUGAGAUGUAAUUGCAGCGGCAGAAGAGCUCCUCAACCAGCUGAAAAUAGAAUGACCGUCUAUUCUGUUGUCACUCCCUCAGGUGUGUGUUGCUUUGAUCAACUUGCUCUUCCAGGUAGUUUUAUUGGGAGUGUUGGAAUGUUUUGCCUAUGGAGGCCUUCACCACUAAGUCCCAUGUGGCUCUGGGUCAGCAGCCAGGGCAAUGCCUUUCCCUUGUUCUCCCAGCUGAAGGCUACACUACAGCUGCAAGCAGAUCAUGUGUGGCGACCGUGGUGACUCAGUUUGAGUUCAGUGCCUGGCCAUCUACUCAGCUUGGCCAGGGCAGGAAGUCCAUUACGUUGGUGCUCAGAAAACUGAAAUCCCUAGAACUUGGCAGUUUGAAGAAAGAGUAUGACCAAGAGAUGCCCACCUUCAAGAACAUCAAAUGAAAUGGACCAUUGGGGUUCUUUUGAUGGCUGAAUGUGUAAUAGAUGUUUUGCAAUAAAAAAGUCCGAACUAAA